AUGGUGGAAACCCCCAGUGAUGUCGACCUACAUCAACUCCUUGUCCCUUCGUUGUCGAACGAUGUCUCCUCCCAGCACCAGGCGAAUUCCACCUCUUCCGAACCCAGCAGUGACGCGGGUUCCUUUGUUAUCCCCGACAGUCUUUCAAGGAGCGAUUCCGUUUUCUCCUUUUCCCGACAAUCAUUCAACAGCCAGAUCGCAAGUCUCACGGCAAUAAAUGUCCCCCAAGCCGAAUCCCUGAGCGCUGCGGUUACGACUCUCCCGACCGCCCGAAAAGCCAUCAAAGCCAUCUAUGGUGCAGCCGAACAAAUACAGUCAUGGAUCAAGAAGGCGUUGAAGGUUCUGGAGAACCUCGAUGCCGAGGACGAUGUGGAAUGGGCUGCGGCUGCCGGAAGACUGGGUCUGGAUGACACGGAUAAAACCGUGAACAAGUUCGGAAAUCUCAUCAACAUGUAUGUCCUUUCGAUCGAGGAGUUGCAGGGUCGCCCCGAUAUUGGCGAAGCGAACCCGGAAGAUCUGCAGGCAGUCGUGGAACAGAUGGAGGUGACUCUGGGCGGCUGGGACGAUGUCCGGAAGCAGCUCAAAAGAGUACACGAACAAGUCGAACUGGCUAUGGAGUGGGAAGAGCUGUGGGCCAAAGUCCUCGCAGAUGUAGGACAGGAGAUGGACGCGCUCAGUGCUUUGGUGUUCGAAAUGGAAGAGAAGCGGCAUAUGGCAUAUCAAACGCAGUCACAUGCCGACUCCAAUCAGAACAUCGACUUGAACGAGCUCGAAUCCUUCAUCGAUGAACCCUUGCAGAAGAAAAGCACCCCAAACUCCCGAUUCAGCAUACCCACCUUCGAAUCCUCGCCCCUCGGCUCUCCCAUCAUCGAGAACGCUCUCGACGACUCGACCCUCCUAGCACUGUUCGCUCGCAUGCAGCCCCUGAGAGCGUCGCUGGACUUCUUGCCCAUGCGAUUGUCUAUGUUCCAGUCUCGAGCAGAAAAAAUCUUCCCCAUAGCAUGCCGGGAGCUCGAUGAGAAGCGGGCGCGGCUGGAGAAGAACUGGACAGAAUUAUCAAAGGAGGCCGAUACACUUCGACGCGAACUGAGCGAGGAUCGUUGGGUCAUUGUCUUCCGCAACGCUGGCCGGCAAGCUCAGAAGAUGUGCGAUUCGGUGGAAAGGAGUAUAGUUAAGGUCCAGGAAGCUAUCCACGAAAACUACCCUGCAACCAAUCCAUCGGCUUUCGCAAAGAGGACGGAGAGCUUCGAGGCAAAGAGGCUGCAUUAUAGUCCCGCUAUUCAGCGAGUGCUGGCCAUCAUCCAGAAAGGUCUGAAGGAUCGCCUGACCGUUAAUGGGGAGAUUCUACGCUUGCAUAAGGAUCUAUCUUCCAGAAUGCGGGACCUGACUGAUACCAUGGAAGACCUGGAAAGCCUCUUGGAACCAGUCAGUUCGAGACAGAACUCGCAUCUCCGAGAAUCCAUCUCGAGCAUCAUGUCGGGAGACCGCUCAUUCGCGAGCACCUUCGCAAGCACGCCCGGCAGCUCUCCGCCUUCGUCGGUUGAUCUACCGCCACAGCGAAUGGAAAAGCCCGUGCCCAAAUACGGCCUCAAUGGGUACACAAAACAACGCACGCCGUCGACAAGCAGGCCGCCACCUCCGACUUCAGGCAACAGACGAUCGUCCAUGCUUCCACAGUCCAGACGCCCAACGACACCCAUGUCGCAUUCAAGCAGUGGUGCACUUCGACGUGGGGUUUCACCUCUACCUGGGCCACCGUCGGUGUACCGUCAAGGUGUAUAUACACCUCCCGUGGUGUCCGCACCCCGCCCAGAGCCUACCCCUCUCUCACACAAGCCACGAUGGUCGGCUGUGGUCAAGUCGGAUGACGGCACUCUGGCACCAUCGUAUCGAUCCUCUUCUACCACCACGCCAAACACGGCACGGAGAUAUACUCCCCGGUCGAUCUCAUCAAAUACUGCGCUACCGUUGAGGAGCCCGCUCAGUCGCGAAGCAUCGGCGUCACCGUCGCCUAUGCUUCCGACACUGGCAAAGCAAGACAAUCAACAGUUCAGAUCAUUUGCUGAACGCGUGGCUGAUCCCGUCCCAGCAAGGACUAGUAGCCUAUUGGACCCCGUACCUUAUCACCGGAAUCGAAAUGUCAGUGCUCCCGUGCCUGGCACCAUCCGCUCACCGUCUUCCAUUGUGGUAAAUCGAGACAAUAAGCCUACGAUGAGUGGAGGAUCAAUCCCCAGGCCACCAUCGAGCCUGAGCAGAAGUUAUGGCUCCUCACAGGUACCCUUGCGGUCAAUGUCCCACAAUCCCAUCAUGGCGAGCCGACAUGAUAGCAGUCCAGGGAAGCGGUCGGACCGUUUGGACGAGGAUGACCAGGGGAGCGAAAACGAGGAUGACCGCCCCGUGGAGCCAAACUCUAGUCCGUUGUCAAAGCGUACGGUCACCCGACCCAGCAGUGUGCUCGCAAUGAGUGGCAAGGGGAAACGGAUGUCCCUACUGCCUAUCCCGGUGGGCAAUGGCAGGCAAAGUUCGCUAGGAUCCAGAAUUUCUUGA